AUGUCCUCCAGAUAUCCUAACGACUCCCGCUACACAUCGCGUGAUCGAACGCCUCCACGAUACACCGACCGACGAGCGUCUACUUACAGCUCCAGCUUUACCCCCAGGAACGACGAUUCCAGUAGCGGAAGGCCUUACCCGGAUUCCAUUAGCGGUUCGGCAUCCAGAGACGUUCCCCGCGGCCCGAAGGCGCUUUCGGACUCGACCCGAGGCCCGCCACCGGGAGGAAGUGCCUCCGUGCCCGCCGGACCGCGAGGCCGAGGAUUUGGAGGCCGUUCCGAGUAUCGUGAGCUGCGAGAUGCACCUCCACUGAGUGACGGAAGAGGGGGAUCUUCGUGGCGUGGCGGCGACAGGGAUCGGCAUUUUGAUCGGCGAGACAGACCGCUCUCGCCACGUGCACGUUCUCCGGGACGGGACUCUCGAGACUCGCGUGAUUCGCGCGAUUUUGGGCCUCGGGAGCUGGACAUUGAUCGCGCUCGCAGAAGUGCGAGAGAUGGCCCUCCAUCGGCGGGGUCCAACUACUCGGAUCCUCCAUCCGGUGGGUUUGGAUUCCACGGACGCGGUGGGUUCAGCGGUCGCGGUAGGGGAAGAGGCGAUUGGGACAAUCGCGGACGUGGGCGAGGGUCUUUCGCCGACGACCGUAACUCUUUCCGACCGAGGAGCAGGUCUCCACGUCCAAGGUGGGAGAAGGAGCCAUCUCGUGAUGACCGGAUCAGCGACCGUAGAGACGAUCGGAGGUUUGACCGUCGCGAUGAUGACCGGCCGUUCUACAGAGACGAUCGGGAGGUCGAUAGAUACAAGCGCGAUCCCGUGUCUUCACGGGACGCCGACAUCCGGAGGGCAAGUGUGGCUCAUGAUGGCCGGUUCUCAAGUGCGGCCAGUUCAACAUCUCACCAAAGUCCACGGCAUCCAUCCAUAUCUGGUCAUGGCGGUGGCGUGGACCGCGCAAGCACAUCAGACUUGCCAAGGGAACUACUCCCUGGUCGGCGCGCCUCUGUCGCACAAGAGCCUGUGUCAGCCAAAGACAAGCCUGACUACAUAGCAGCACGUGCAGAGGCUUCCAGAGAUCGUUAUGGCCCACGGGCUUCCUCUCCGCCCCCACAAGCCCCACAGGUGCCUGCGUUUGGGUCAGUCUCAUCCUUCCAAAAACCGGCCACGACUUUCACGACCCCGACCUCGAAUGUCUGGAGGCCUCCGCAACCUGCACAACCACAGGCUCCCGCGUCGGGCGUGCCUUCAGGCCCCAAAAUCCCUCCCAGUGCUCCCAAGGCCUUAUCAGCUGUUCCUCCUACUGCCCCGACCGGCCCCAAGGCUACUCGCGUUGCGGAGAAGCCAACUGUUGAGAAACCUGCUCCUGAAAUACCGCAGCCUACCUCAACCACAGCGGAACAGUCCAAGCCAAAGCUCGAGAAUGGUUCUUCUGUACCGAGUCAAGUCCCGGUUGCACCCUCAGGUCCCUCUUCCGAACAGCAAGAUGUAGCGCCUCGCUCUCGCCCUCCUUCGCCUCCCAUUGCACCUCCUACUGGCCCAGCCGCUCUUCAAGCCCGCCUACCUAUCCCCGCUCCCCCCACCGGUCCUCGAGGGCUCGUUUCACCGCAGCAACCCCACAGCCGCCUUGUGCCUCCCCCGGUCGUUCCGCCUCGCGAUGGCCCUCCAGCUACAAAUAUCCCGCUUGGACCGCGAGCAUCGGGUCCGUUCAGCACGUCUCCGAGAGGACCUAAUGCCGGACUUGGUCCAGGUCCAGCCAUUCCUACAGGGCCCAAAGCCGAUCGUGGCCCCCCUGUUGCACCUCGGGCUGCUCUCUUCCCCCAAGCUGAAAGACAGCCGAUCAAUGCACCAAGAGCUCCGAUGAUGGGGAUCCCUGGCAGGAAUCUGCAAUGGAUCCGACCUGACGCUCCCCGGUACAGUCGGGGCCCUGGACCAAUUGUCCCUGCAAAACGAGAUCUCGAUGGCGACGAAAAGGAGAGGUACACUCCGAAUAGACCCAGGUCCCCUGCGUUUGCUGUUGGUUCUCCUGUCAGUGGACCUGCGACGCCGACGCCCUCGGCGCAUGACACAAUGUCAGUACGACGCAAGUCUGCCAGCGAGAUCAGAUCCCGUGAUGAGGCUCCAGAGACGCUCAGCGCCAGACGAAACUCUGCGUUUGCAUUUUCCGAGUCGAACAUCAAGGCGGAGCGGCCUUCAACCACACCUCAACCGCUGGAGCCCCACGCGCGUGAAUCACAGUCGGACGAGGCCAGCGAAGACGACGAUGAAAUGGAUCUGGACGAUGAGUUCUUCAGUCAGAAAACUAGAUACGAACGCGAGAAGGUCCGUCUCGAGUCGCGUCUGAAAAACUUGGAAGACCGAGGCUUCCGAUGCAGUAGCCCUUUGAAGACGCUACUCCGGUUGUCUCGCAUUCGUGAGGCUGAUCUCCCCCGGUCCGCACCGGCUCCUGUAGUCGGGGUAGCACCGAAUACCGGAAACUCCCACAGGAUCAAGGAGCCUGAGAGGAUGGAGCCAGACUUGCAUUCCCCAACUUCCACUAUGAACGGGCCGAUGGUGGGACCGCCGAACGAGAGGGCGGAGAAGGCGCCACCUGUGAUGGCGCAGCCCGUACCGAAGGGAGAGGCCCCGAAGCUCCCCACUCCAAAAGCUGAGGAGUCGGAAGACGUCGAGAUGGGAGAGGCCAGCGCCGUCGAAGAGGUGGACGGUGGAGUCCAAACUGCUUCCAGCGAGGACGAAUCCAUCACCGAAGUCGACCUUCAUUCAUUACCCUACCUCAACCGAGGCCCGCCGACACCGCUUUCUGACCCCGACCAAGAGAACACGGGUCUCAGAACAAACAUCAUGGCUGCAAUCAAGGACAAACUCUUCAAUAAUAUCCGCGCCGAGCAAGAGUUUCAAGGCACAGCUCUCCAUAUAUUCCGGAUGCAGUAUCACAACUGGGGUUUCGAAUCAGCUCAUCGGGAGAAAGACGCCGCCAUGCGCGAGGAGAAAGAGAAGACUGAAGAGCAAGAAGCAGCGGUGUCACCCAGUGAAACCAGCACUACAGGACCCGCUCACAGACAACGCCACGUUACGGAUUACGAUCUUGAGAAUAUUCUUGCCGAGUCCAGAAGGAUGGAGGAGGAGAGAAUAGAAAAGCAGAGGAGAGAGGAGGAAGCAAGCAGAAAUCCUUUCUCCAACGGACAGGCUCCGAUUCCCGACAUGUUGCCGGACGACGAACUCGAGAGGCGAAAGUUUGUCAACACCAACCGCCUCCGCGAGCCCAGCAAGGGAAUACUUACUUUUGGCUUUGAACCUCCUGAGGACGACUUCUCACCGGAGGAGCACAAGAAGCUGGUCACAGCUUACUUGCAGACUCCUAAGGAUUGGGGUGAGAUCGCCAAGGCUCUUCCCAAUCGCAACUUCAGGGAAUGCAUCAACCACUACUACGCUACGAAGUGGAAUGGAGAAUACAAACCCCCGACUGGUCGUCGCAAAGCCAAGCGCAGGGCCGGAAUUCCCAAGGGGAGGAAAAUCGCAAUCCCGUUUGCCAGCACUGACCAGGUCGAUGGUGAAGAUGGUACUAUCGCUACGACGACAGAACGUGGCCGGCCUCGACGCGCAGCGGCGCCCACAUUCGGCGACAGGGAGAUGCAAGAUGAUCAUGCUACCCCGGUCCCGACUCCUGGACGCCAAAGGGGUGCAUCGACUAGAGGGGAGACCGUCGAGCCGAGCACCGAGAAGCCUGUCAAACGCCAGCGUGUUGCGAAGGAAAAGGGCACGAAGCGAGGGCGUGCGGCCCAGCAACUUGCUCCUGCGCCGUCGGCGUCUCCCUCAAAGACGGAUAAAGACAUGUACCCAGGCGAGGCAGCCCUCGACCCGAGUAGGAUGCAUCGAACCGAGGAAGAGGCAGCACUGCUCGCCCGUCUACCGUCUGUCCAACCCGAUAUUGCUGGUCAAUUCGGUGAAACCGCGUACCAGGUCCCUCAGACAGCACCGGUCCCUGAACGACCCAAGGGUCGUGGCGCUGGUUCUCGUGCUGGUGGAAUGUCAAGUUACUGGUCUGUGAACGAGUCCACUGAUUUCCGCAAUUACCUGGGUUAUUUCGGUACAGACUUCCACGCGAUCGCGAAGCAGAUGGGGACUAAAACUGCGGCGAUGGUCAAGAAUGAGUAUUUCCGAAAGACCGACUCUGGCAAUCAUCCUGAGCUUGUUGAAAUUGCACAAGCCGCAGAUGACAGGCGGAGCCGGGGUGAGGAUAUUGGACCCCCACCACCACCGACAGCCUCUAACAAGCGUCGUUAUGACACUACUCAACCGGCCAUCCCCCGCACUUUAGCCCCCACCCCUGCUGAGAACGUGGACAUCAAACAGUCUCCUCCGGCUGCCGACCUGCCUGCUCGAACAGCGUCUCCGCAUGUUCAAACCGGGUCUCGAUUCCCGCCGCUCGCCCAAGCUAGCCCAGCGUUGUCCGCGUCUACCCCUCCCACCUCCAUCAUUGCGUCUACAAGUGUGCCGGCGCCAAGCAGCCACGCUUCCGCCUAUGGGAAGCCGGCGCAGCAUGAGAUGCCAGGUCCUCGCCGUGGCUUUUUCUCGCAGCGUGAACCCUCGAGAGCUGCUCUGGUGCAAAACGAUUUGAGACAGCCGCCCCCGGAAGCACCUAGAGAUGUGCACGCGGAACACCACCAUCACAGGCGGCAAUAUAGCCAGGGCCUAGCCGGAUCCCAGCAGCUGCAUGAUCCUCGAUAUGUGCGCAUGUCUGCUGAGCAACGCGAGCGUGAAGCUCAGGUGACGCAACAGCAAGAGAUUUAUGGCUCAUCGGCUGCUGCGCAUCACCCACUUUACAGAACCAGCGUCCCGCCGCAGCUACCGCCACAAAGGGGCUCAGAGCCUCCUUCAGAAGCAAGGCCCGGACAGGUUCAGCAGGGUGCUUUCUCGCGCGGCGCACCGCAACUUCGCCAUCUCACUGAGACGCCUAGCCAGCUGCCGAUCGCUCAACCGCCUGGUCGGGUCUCGAGGCAUGUGUCCCCCAAGAGGGAAGAAAGUCAGCAACCGUAUGCUUCGUCUCAACCUGCUGUCCAAGCUACACCGCGUGUGGCGUCGGCGGUGGCGGAGCCUCGGAAGACAUCGAACUUGGCAGAUCUCCUCAAUCCCGCUCCUUCCGAGCCAAAGCCCAAGGAACAAAAACCGGCAGUGGAUGACCGAGCGAGUGUGCUUCCUCAUGAGCGGCCAUAUUCGGCACAAGGAAGGCCCAUCCAUCAGACCACCGCCCCGCCACCGCCGCCGCCUGUCACGAUGUCGAGCUCUUCACCUGCGUUCCCUCGGAGGGAUGUGUUCACAGAGUCGCCAGCGCCCAAUAGCCCGUUCGCCAGACCAGCCUAUAUCCAACAGACUCAGCAGCAGCAGCAAAUGCAAGCGCCGCAGCGCCGUCCCAUGGAGGUCUCUAGCCGUGAACAGUCGCAACCGCCUGCAUCACGGGAUCCCUGGGCAAGGCCUGCUUAUUCGCAGCCUCAGCCCCCGGUAUCUCAAACGAGCUCGCCACACCCAGCAGCUUUGCAGCAGCCACAAGCACCGAUUCCCAUUGAUGGGCGUCAACAGUAUCCUGGCAAUCACCGGGCCGCUCUUAGCCAGCUGAACACUUCGGCACAGCCGCGAAACGUCCAUUCUCCAACUCCGUCGCAUGCGCAUCACUCGCGCACCCCUUCCUACACCCAUCAACAGUCUCGUCAGCAAGCGCCGACACCGUUGCAGCCCAUCCCCGCUGCCCCUAGCCCGGCGCGCGAAAACCCCGGCCCUGUCCUUGCUGCCAAUCCGUACGUGCAAAUGACGCCGCCACAGACAAUUCAGCAACUGGUGCCUCAACAACAGCAAGUGCAACAGCAAGCCCAACGCAAUGAGCAAGCUGCCAUCCAGAACCGCACCCUAACUUACGCUCAGCCACAAAGCCAAGCGUAUGAGAACAUGAUUGAGCGCGAGCGUGCCAUUCGUCUUGCUGAGCAGCGCGAUCGCGAGGAUCAGAUGAGACGAGAGCACGAAGCUCAAACUGCACACCACAGCCGAAGCACUUCUUUUGCGCAGUCGCACUACAUGCGCCAGCCAACCCCCAGCCAGGCUGAUCAUGCUGCUUCCCGCUUCUCUUCUGCUGGACCUGCGGUGCCCCCGCCGUCAGUUCGCAAUUCGGCGCAUACCCCAACCGCGCACAUGGGCUAUCCGCCGCCGCCUGCACCGCCAGCACAUCACGGUCUGCCCACGACGCAAGAUCACGCGCAUGCACACGGCUUCGCCACCCAAGUCCCUUCGGCAAGCCAGCGCGGGAUCGAAGCCAUCUUGCGGCGCGAGCAGGAAACGGCCAUGCGCCGGCAGCAGGAGGCCGUGGUGCAGCACCAACAGGCCCAAGCGCAGGCGCACGCACACGCGCAGGCGCACCGCGAGCACCGCUACCGCGAAGAGGUGGCGGCGCAGCAGCGCGGGGAGCAGAUCCGGAGGCAGCACGAGGAGGCCGUGGUCCGGGACCGCAUCGACCGCGAUCGUGCCGCCGAGCGCGACCGCGUGGACCGGGAGUACGUCGAGAGGGACAGGCAGAGGAGGGAGCGCGAGGAGUGGGAUCGGCAGCAGGGGAGGAAUAUUUUUGGGGGUUCGAGGAACGAGAGGGGUGGGUUGUUUGGGCCGAAUAGGUGA